AUGUCAAACAACAGGCCUCUCGCCUCGCCUCGUCCGCGAGGCAUUCUCAAAAAUGCUUCAUACCAUCGUGAUUCCUACGAUGAGAGGCCGAGCGCCUCUUUGGACACGCAGAAAGAGCAACAAGACCAGGAUGAAACCUCCCCUUUGAUAGCACCAAGACGCGAAAGCGUCGAGUCUGCUCUCACCAUUUCCUCCAUGCCCUCUCCGCAGGACUCGGACCCUUGGAACAACAUCGGCUCCGAAGAGACGAAGAGCCAGUGGUAUCUGGUCCUCUUGACCCUCUCAAUCGGUGGCCUCCAGAUUGCCUGGUCUGUCGAACUGUCCAAUGGCUCACCAUAUCUACUCAGCUUGGGUAUUAGCAAGUCGCUCCUCGCCUUUGUCUGGAUUGCCGGUCCACUGUCUGGUACAUUGGUCCAGCCUUACGUCGGCAUCAAGAGCGAUAGAUGCCGCUCGCCCUGGGGAAAGAGAAGGCCCUUCAUUGUUGGAGGUGCCAUCGCAACAAUCAUAUCUCUUGUCUUGCUGGCGUGGACCAAGGAGAUCGUGAGAAACUUCUUUGCCAUCUUCAAAGUCGGUGCCGAUACUCAGACCGUCCAUGUCGUCUCGAUCGUGUGGGCUGUCAGCUUCAUCUACAUUCUUGAUUUCGCCAUCAACACCAUCCAAGCUGCCAUUCGUGCCUUCAUAGUAGACAAUGCGCCCACUCACCAGCAAAACGAUGCCAAUGCAUGGGCUUCACGUAUGUCUGGCUUCGGUAACAUCUUGGGCUAUCUCUCUGGCUAUGUCAACCUACCCAAGUACCUCGGCUUCUUUGGAAACACGCAGUUCAAGGUCCUCUGUGUCAUCGCUGUUCUCGCCAUGUCCAUCACCGUUACUAUCUCCUGUCUCAGUAUCAAGGAGCGAGACCCAAGGCUCGAGGGAACCCCUCCUCCACAAAAAGGAGGCGUCUUGUCCUUCUUUGUCGAGCUCUACCGCUCUAUGAAGCGUCUGCCUCCUCAAGUCCAAAAAGUCUGUGCUGUUCAAUUCUUCGCCUGGAUCGGCUGGUUUCCGUUCCUGUUCUACAUUACUACCUAUAUUGGCGAGAUCUACGUCGAGCCAUACUUUACCGAGAACCCUCACAUGUCGCCCAAGGAAAUCGACGCCACCUGGGAGCGUGCAACCCGUAUCGGCACCUUUGCUCUGUUGAUCUUCGCCUUUACGAACUUGGCUGCAGCAGUCGUCUUGCCUUUGUUGAUCGCUCCUGGUUUCGAGCCUCCGUCGCCUCAACCUCACACCCCGCUCACACCUCGUGCCUUUACACCUACUACACCUCGCUCCAUGACCGGCAGCGACUACUUCGCCUAUACUCCUACGCACUCUACCAGUAAGCUCAACUUGACUGAACCUAAUCGCUGGGAACGCAUCAAGAGUCGCAUGCCAUCUGUGCAGAUGAGCGCCUUCACCCUCCGUCGUGCCUGGAUCUUGUCGCACUUGCUAUUCGCCGGCGCUACCUUCUUGACCUUCUUCGUCCACGAUACAACCACUGCGACCGUUCUUGUUGCUUUUAUCGGCAUUCCGUGGGCGCUGAGCAACUGGGCUCCUUUUGCGCUCAUUGCUGCCGAGAUAUCGAAGAGGGAAGCCAUCCGUCGUAAUGAGAUUCCAGCUCCGGCCACUGCUGAGGGUCGGGCUCUGGCCAAUGGCGAUGAUCCGUCCGAAGGUGCUGACCAAGCUGGAGUCAUUCUUGGUAUUCACAAUGUCGCUAUCGCCGCACCUCAAGUCAUUGCGACACUUGUAUCGAGUCUGAUCUUCAAGCUUCUGCAAAAGCCUCGUGGCACACCUGGCGAUGACAGUGUCGCUUGGGUUUUGAGAUUCGGUGGUCUUGCUGCGCUUGUCGCUGCUUACUUGACCACACGUAUCGCAGAAGAGGGUGAGGAGGAUGAGCAACUGUAG